GCAUUUCCUUUGGAGCCGCGCAGUCACAACAAGAGGAGGAAGAGGAAAAAACGACAGCUUUGGAUCUGGAUCGUCGUCGACUGCCUUGCGUGACAACACGGGGAUCGGCCUCAGGCUUUAGGUUGCUUCUCUUUGACCUGCAACAUGUCUGAUUUACUGAGAUACAUCGACUACGACCACAAAGCCACCUUCCUGAAGAUGCUCAACCAGCAGAGGAUGGAGGGUGAGCACUGCGACGUGGUGGUGGUGGUGGAGAACAUCGAGUUCAGGGCUCACCGCUGCGUCCUGGCCGCCUGCAGCAACUACUUUAAGAAGCUCUUCAAGAAGCAGAGCGACGAGGACAACUCCAUCGUGGAGCUCGACUUCAUCCGCUCCGACAUCUUCGAGGAGGUGCUCAACUACAUGUACACGGCCAGGCUGGCCGUGAGGAAGAAGGACAUCAAUAUGAUGAUGUCGUCCGGUCAGAUCCUCGGCAUCAACUUCCUGGACAACCUGUGCACCCAGAAGCGAGAGCUGACCAACAUGAAGACGCGAGAGAACCAGGCUCCGGACGACCACGGGAUGAGAGCGCAGGACGCCAUCCUGAAGGAGCUGGCCAUGGAGGAGGUGCGGAAGAACAGCUUCUACGACCAGGGCAUGGACGGGAUCGGGCCUGGCGGCUCUCACGUGUCGCAGCCUCACAACUACAACACGGGCAUGGGUAAAGACCCCCACACCCACAGCUGGGCCUCCUCCACCUCCAGCGACAUGAAGCUGGAGUACCUCCUCUACGGCCACCGCGACCACGUAUCCUGCCAGACCACGGGAGCCAAACCCAUGGACCACAACGCCAAAAAGGAGCGCCUGCUCACCGCCAACCGUCCGUACGGCUGCGAGCACUGCCCCAAAGCCUUCACCACCGCCGCCCACCUCAAAGAGCACCUGAAGAUCCACUCGGGCUUCAAGCCGCACCGCUGCGUGGUCUGCGGCAAGGCCUUCAUCCGGGGCCCCGACCUGAAGCGGCACGAGCGGGUCCACAGCAACGAGCGGCCCUUCGCCUGCCAGAUGUGCGAAAAGGCCUUCAAGCACAAGUCCCACCUGAAAGACCACGAGCGGCAGCACCGGGGCGAGCGGCCCUUCAACUGCGGCUCCUGCGACAAAGCCUUCAUCAAAGCGUCGGACCUGAAGCGCCACUGGAACACCAUGCACAGCGCCAACCCCCGCAGACAGAUGUCCCUGUCGCCCGCCGCCUCCCAGCACGCCCAGGCGGACGCCGCCGACCAGAGAGACUGGAAGCUGGAGACCGGGCCACACUCGCACAACUCGGGGGACUGCUGAGCCCCGGCGCGUGCGCACACACACACACACCCCAACUCAAACUGACACACUGACAGCCGUGCACACCUAAAAACCCACAAACACACACUGACGCGAGCGUGUGGCGGCGCCGCGGGUCAGAGACGGACGUGAGUAACGAGAGACCCUCGCAUGUUCAUACAGACUGUGGGGCUGUAUUAUUAUUAUUAUUAUUAAUAUUAUGUUUAUUGUUAUUAUUAUAAAGAGUUAAAACGAUGUUUCACCUGUAAAGUCAUGUAAAUGUUUAGUUCACUAUACUAUACAUAUAUUUUUCACAAAGUAUUGUCGAUAUCUAGACGGAGGGUUCUCAUAACAUUAUUUUCUUUUACUUUAAUGAGAUGUGAAACAUUUAAAUGUUUGGUUAACCUUUAACGGAUUUUAUGGAGAUAAAAGCGCGGGAAUGACGGGGGGGGGGGGGGCAUUUUCUGCAUAACAUUGAGUAUAUUCAUGUGGAUGUUUUUAAUGGCUGUGUUUAGUUGUAUUGAUUGAUAUUACACUGUAAAAGCGGAUGAUACCAAAGUCUUGGGGCGUCUGACGGAUCGUCUGUAGACUGUCCUGCUCCAAGCGCCCGGCCAACUAGAUUUACUGUUAUACAGUACGACCGUCACCCGGCUAUCAGCAGUUCAUGAUAGGUGUCUGUAUAUACUGUAGCUUAGUUUGUUGCACAACUAGAGU